CACCGGCGAAGUGAGACACCGAUGCAAGCUUCCUGUCGUUCAAGAGGAAACCCACACCUGUGCACUGUUGAGGUAAUAGGGCGAGGAGGGUUGACCAUCUGGUCAUGGAUUGGUGUCACGCCGCGCCGCGACGAACAGAAUUCUGAGCUCGAAAUCCCUUUAGCAAUGCUUCGACUGCCCAGACUGAGCCUCUUUGGCCGUUCUCUGUUGCUGAUCAUUGUGGAAGUGCUUGCAAAUGCAGGGUGUUGGGCUGCUGCUACUGCUCUGUUCGCAACAAGGCAAGAAACACGCUCGAUCCUUGGGCUUGCGCUUCUAGCUUGGACAUUAGGAUUGCGCCACGGUCUGGACGCAGACCACAUCAGGUCGAAAAACACUACCUCCUCUGUUGUUUUUGAUGACACUCACAACUUCCCCGAAGCGCGAUUGAUAAUGCUACUCGCGGUUUAUUGGGCAUGGGUCAACUUCCGGUCACUUGCGGCCUGUUCUUUUCCUUGGGGCAUAGCACGAUAGUUAUCGUCGUUAACGUGGCUAUCGCGAUAUCGACUCACAUUGCAGACAAGCUUGACAACAUAGGAGAGGUUGGGGGAAUAAUUGGCGCGUCUAUCAGUGGUUCUUUUCUGUUCAUCGUAGCAGUCACCAACUCUGUCAUUCUAUGGAAAGUUUUGAAGCGGCGCCAGGCCCUGAAACAACGAACUGCCCAAGAGGAGGAUUUGGAACAUUUCAAUGAUGCCUACGAUCCUAAAAAAGACCAUAUGUUGAUGAUGAGGAUCAUCGGACCCAUCAUCACAUUCGUGAACAAGCCCUGGAAGAUGUAUCCUGUCGGCGUACUAUUCGGUUUCGGCUUUGACACUGCAUCAUCGAUUGCAUUGUUGGCGGUAUCAGCGCUCGCGAAGAAAGAUUCUCAUGGAAAUUCUAUACCCUCCCAUUACAUUGCAAUUUUGCCCUUUCUCUUCACGGCGGGCAUGACGCUCGUAGACUCGUUGGAUUCCAUCAUGAUGCUCUACUCUUACGCAGGAUUGCCGGACGACCGCUCAUUCAAAAUAUUCGAGCACUCUGAAAAGAAGUGUGCUGUUCCCGAUACGCCAGAGACCCGCUUGACGGCAGUCCCAGUUACGAGCGCAGCAUUCCUACCUCCCGAUGAAAGAAAAGAUGCGGCGAAACGGAACAAAAGGGUGAAGAUGAACAUGAUGUCGGGGUUAAGCGUUAUCUUGACGCUGAUGAGUAUUUUGGUCGCGUUCAGCAUCUCGUUGAUCACGAUUAUGGGUCUGAUCGGAGAGAAGUGUAGUCAGUGUCGUAAAGUUGCAAAAGCUGAAGAUGGUGGUGGAUUGGCGGGACGUUGGUGGAGGGCAUGGGCUGAGGCAAACGACAAUUCAGGGUAUAUCGGCGUAGGAAUUGUAGGUGUAUUCGCGGUAGUCGUUGCCACCUGGUAUGGGGGACGAUGGCUCAUUCGCCGUCAAGGAAUAUGAGUUUCAUCUCCGAGGGUAUAAAAAACGGUUGCACUAGCAACCUGGAACGAAGAAGACUUGGAUCUACGAGAUUACAGCUCGCAGUGAACCUCCUCAAUGUCGAUUCAUUAAUCGAACAUUGUCUUUCCUUCUGGCGGUUGAAAUCAAGGCGUAUCCAUUUCUCUUUGAUGACGAUUACGGUUGAUUAGAAUCACGGUCGGAGUUGGGGUUCAAACGUUCAAGGGCGCCCUGAUUAAUCUAUCUUGAACAAACUCCCGUUUUUUUGUUGCUGACAAACUGUCCAUCAUGCAUCAUGAUGAUCAAGGUGUCUUUUUUUGAUGAUCAAUCCAGUGUCCCUAUCCUAAUCCCGCUCAAAGUUAUUCUGAAGCUUGAGCUAUAUAUUUUGUUGACCAUCGUAUUGCGAGCUCUUUUAAUCCCCCACGCCCAACAAGACGCGAGUCGCCAGCCAGUAAUUCCUCCGCUUCCUGCUUGUCCCUGCAGGUGGAAUGGAAAGCUACCAAAACUGGCUUAAAGAGAACGAUGCCAGGCUUGCCAAU